AUGAAAUUUAAAGCUAAAGUUUAUAAACCAAAUAUUCUUCUUAAAACUGUUCAAAAUAUAAUGAAGAUUCAUAAUGAUGGUAUUUGCCAUAUUACGCCACACAAAUUAAGAUUUAUUAUUCAAAGUGAAAUUAACGAUGGAAUGCAGGUAUUUUGUGAAAUUCAAAGAGAACAGGUUUUUGAAAAUUUUAUAAUCGAAUCAUUAAGUGAUAAUGAAAUUCAAUUUCAAUUAGAUUUAGAGCAUUUAAGAAGAGCGCUGCAAUCAUCAACAUCGCAAUCACCAUGUGAUGUUUUUGUUAAUCUUACAAAAAAAGGCGAUAAUCCAAUUCUACAUUUUGUUAUACAAAGCUCAUCAUCAAGUAUUAUGUUGGUUCAAGAUGUACCAAUAGUUUUAUUGACAGCGCAACAAAUGGCACAAAUUAACGAACCUAUUUUACCAGAUCCAGUUGUACAUAUUUUAAUGCCAAAUUUAAAGAAUGUUCAAAAGGUUGUAGAUAAAAUGAAAAAUAUUUCAGAAUUAUUAAAGAUUACAGUUUCGAUGAACCAUCGUUUAUCAUUUGCUGUAGAAACCGGUAAUGGAUCCAUCAGCACUUUUUAUAAUGGUUUAGAACACCCACAAUUCGAAAAAAACAUAAGUUCCGAACCUGAACGUUCCCAUUCAGUAAAUGUAGAUAUUAAGAAAUUUGGUAAAGUACUUCACAUUCAUCAACUCUCACCAAGCGAAGUAGUAUUAUGUUUAUAUGAAAGAUCAAUAAUUGUGCAUGUAGUUUUAACCGGUAUAAUGAUAACCUAUUAUAUACCCGUUGUAUUUAGGAAUUAA